AUGGCGAUGCCACAGAACGAGAUUCAGGAGCUGAUCGCCCCGGAAGAGGGCUUCAGCAGCGAGGAGGUUGCUCAGGCUCAAACCCAACGCCGAUGCGUGGUGCCUUGGAAGUUUGCGGCGCUCGGAUCCCUGGCGGCUCUUCUGGUUGUGGGGGCGCUGCUGCGCUGGGAGGCAUCCCCAGCCAAGUCGAAAUCUUUGGACUUCAUGUCGAAGAGCAGUUCUUUUUCCAUCCAAGGGCCCGAGAACGUUGACAGCAAGGAAGCCACUGCGAAGAUGGAGCAGUCCAUCGCGGCCUUGGGCAAGAUGUGGGGCUUCGGAGGACACAAGGACAAGUCCACCGACCACGAGGGAAAGAAGGAGAACCCUUUGGAGGCCGCACAGAAAGCCAUGGCCAAGGCAGAGCACUCCAUGAUGGCGGCGUUCAAGGACCUGACCCCACCGAAAGGCGCUGCAGCUGGUUCGCAGUCGCAGCUGACGAAUUCCCGCCCCAAUGUGCAGUCUGCGGACAAGAGCUUCGUGUCGGCGAGUGAGUGGAAGAAGCAGCAGAAAACCAUGAACGCGGCCUUGGACAAGGCGCUGGGAGGUCUCCGCGAUCUUCCCGUGCCCGAUCAAUUCAAGAAGCUGCAGAACGGCCAGACUCAGUAA